AUGGGAUGCUAUUGUUCAGGGGAAGAUCGACAUAGUGAUUUUCAUGGUUGUGUAAACCCUUUUGUUCAGGUGGUUAAUGACCAAAUUAAAGAAUAUGAUGUAAUUAUAUAUUCAAAAUCGAAAGAUGAAAAGUCCUUUGAAGCGAAAAACUUAUUGCGAAAAUAUUCCAUUGCAUUUGAGUACUUUGAACUUGACAAAUUAAACGAUGAUAACCAAGUCCACUGUGUUUUAGUAGAGUUAACAGAAAAAAGGCACCCUCCUUAUAUAUUUAUCAAUGGGAAAUUUUGGGGAGGCAUAGUUGAGCUACAAAAAGGGUUAGAAUCAGGAGAAAUCAAAGCAUUAUUAGCAUAA